AUGGAUCUGUUCCAGUUGGUUCAAAGUACUUGUUACUGUGGACGUAGCCAAUCUAACAGGCUAGAGAGGCUCCAAAAGGAGGACUACCAUCGUCUCCCAGCAGCUGAAGAUGACAGCAUGCAGAAUUCAAGGACUGCUGAACUUGCAGAAGAAAUCUUGACAAAAGCUUUUAACCUCCCAAAUAUCACUGAUUUGAGAACAAUUGACACUAUCAUUAUUGAAAUAGAUGUAGAUGGAGGAAUUUAUCAAGACAUCUUUGACAUCAAUGAAGCUUUAGGACUAGACCUUUUUGAGGGAGACAUCAGACUUGAUGGGGAACGAAACUCCAUCAUUGGUGACAACUAUCGGUGGCCCCACGUUAUCCCCUACGUCCUUGAUGAUAGCCUGGAAAUGAAUGCUAAAGGGCUCAUCCUCAAGGCAUUUGAACAGUAUCGACUAAAAACCUGUAUUGACUUCAAACCUUGGGAAGGGGAAAAGAAUUACAUAUCUGUCUUCAAAGGAAGUGGCUGCUGGUCCUCAGUGGGAAACCGCCAAGAGGGGUUGCAGCAGCUCUCCAUUGGAGCCAACUGUGACAGGAUUGGGACGAUCCAGCACGAGUUCCUGCACGCCCUGGGAUUCUGGCAUGAACAGUCACGGUCUGACCGGGAUGACUAUGUGUCCAUCAUCUGGGACAGGAUUCAGGCUGGUAAAGAUCAUAAUUUCAACAAAUAUGAUGAUAGAACAUCAGACUCCCUGAAUGUUCCCUAUGACUAUACUUCUGUGAUGCACUACAGCCAAAAUGCAUUCAGGAACGGGACUGAACCCACCAUCGUCACUAACAUACCAGACUUCAUGGAUGUCAUAGGGCAGCGAAUGGAUUUCAGUGAUUAUGAUCUCCAGAAACUGAACCGGCUGUACAAUUGCUCCUCCUCCCUAAGUUUCAUGGACACAUGCAGUUUUGAACUUGAAAAUAUAUGUGGCAUGAUUCAAAGUUCAGAUGAUAACAGUGACUGGCAGCGUUUGUCUCAGGUUCCUGCUGGGCCAAAUGCCGAUCACACUAAUAUGGGAGAAUGCGAAGAUUCUGGCUACUUCAUGCAUUUCAACAGCAGCACUGGAGCAGAGGGGAGCACAGCUAUCCUGGAGAGUCGAAUUCUGUAUCCCAAAAGGGGCUUUCAGUGCUUACAAUUCUAUUUCUAUAACAGCGGUCACGAAAGUGACCGGCUGUAUGUCUGGGUCAGGGAGUAUACUUCAGCCCAUCCGAAUGGUACUUUGAGACUCAUUGAAGAGAUAAAAGGUUCACCUGCGACUUACUGGCAGCUCCAUCAUGUUUCUUUGAAUGUCACAAGUAAAUUCCGGGUUGUGUUUCAAGGCAUGAGAGGAAGUGGCUUAUCAAAUGGAGGCCUCUCUAUUGACGACAUCAAUUUGUCAGAAACUCAGUGUCCCCAUCACAUCUGGCAUAUCAGAAAUUUCACGCAUCUCCUCAACACAAGCCCAGCAGGGACAGCAGGGAGAAUAUACAGUCCACCUUUUUACUCUAGUAAAGGAUAUGCUUUUCAGGUCAGCUUGUAUGUAAAUGGUACCACUGACAACCCAUUUAAUUUAGCAAUGUACUUGCACUUGAUUUCUGGAGCAAAUGAUGAUCAGUUGCAAUGGCCCUGUGCAUGGCAACAAGGUACCAUGAUUCUGCUUGACCAGCAUCCUGAUAUUCGUCAGCGAAUGUCAAACCAAAGAAGUAUAACAACUGAUCCCCUGAAAUUAUCAGAUUCCUCAUCAACUUAUUUUUGGGAUAGGCCAGAUAAAGUGGGAUCUGUAGCAUCUUUUCCCAAUGGAACUACCUUCAUGAGAGGUCCAGGAAGUGGAACGAGUGCAUUUUUAACUCAUCAGAGACUUAGAAGCCGCAAUUUUAUUAAAGAUGACAGUGUUUAUGUUCUUUUAACAAUGGAAGAUAUAUCAUAUCUACUAUCAACUCAGCCAAGUGUUUCACCCACCUUUGUUAUGAAUACACCCAGUGCCAACACCAUCAAACCUACCAAUAACGUCGCUGCUACCACCAAGCCUAUUGCCACCACCAAGCCUACCACUAGGACUACCACCACCACAACAGCCAUCACAACAGCCUCUGUCACGCUGACCAAAGAACCAGAGACAGAAGUUCCAGAUUCCUGUCCAGACAACCCUUGUGAAAAUGAUGGUGUCUGCGUUAUUGUAAAUAGAGCACCGGUGUGCAGAUGUCCAGCAGGUGACAACUGGUGGUACAUGGGAGAAAAGUGUGAAAGGAAAGGGUCAACUCAAGAAAAUACUAUAAUAGCUGUUUCUUCAACCAUAUCUGUAUUUGUUGUAAUGCUUAUUGUCACUAUCACAACUGCAGUGUGCCUUAAAAAGAAAUACAGCCAUGGAAAGGAAAAUAGGGAGAGCUUUCCCCUAGAAGAAGUAAGUAAAACAUCCUUCUGA